AUGCAGCUCAUUACCUCACUCCUGGCCAUUGGUGGCAUCGCGACCAGCGUUGCUGCACGCAACCCUGCUAAGUCUGUUGGCAAGAAGUUUGAUCUUCCUAAGCCGCAGCUUGCUCGCUCCUCGCGUAAUGUGCAGCAUGUCAAGCGCCAGUACACCGUGAACGAGACAACGCCUAUCAUUACAGCUCCUACUGCUAAGAAGUUCGCUGUCAAUGGUACUGCUGGUGCUAUCCCGGACGUUAACUUCGACAUUGGCGAGUCGUACGCUGGUCUUCUGCCUAUCAGCGACAAGGUCAACGAGACCUCUGAGCUAUACUUCUGGUUCUUUCCCUCGGGAAACCCAGAUGCCGGUGAUGAGGUCACAAUCUGGCUUAACGGUGGCCCCGGUUGUUCGUCUCUCGAAGGUUUCUUGCAGGAGAACGGUCCUAUUAGCUGGCAAUACGGCAGCGGACCUCGCGCGGUCUACAACCCAUGGAACUGGCAAGUACUUCCGGACCAACUCAGAAGGGCAAACCUGACGAAUAUGGUCUGGGUUGAGCAGCCAGUCGGCACCGGGUUUACCCAAGGCACACCUACCGCAACUAGCCAGGAAGAGUCUGCUGCACAAUUCCUCGGUUUCUGGAAGAACUUCAUGGAGACUUUUGGUCUUACCGGUAAGAAGGUCUACAUUGCCGGCGAAUCGUAUGCCGGACGUUACGUUCCAUACAUCGCAGAUGCUAUGCUGAACGAGAACAACACCGACUACUACGAUGUCAAGGCUGCCAUGAUCUACGACCCCAGUGUCGCCGAAGACACUCUGCUCGAGGACAUCCCGGCUGUUCCUUUCGUCGAUCGCUGGUCUGGUCUCUUCAACUUCAACGAGACCUUCACCAAGGACAUCCAUGACCGCGCUGACAAGUGCGGAUACACCAAGUACAUGGAGAAGUACCUGACCUUCCCUCCUGUCAGCAAGCUUCCCACACCUUCUCACAACGCCUCGAACCCCGAGUGUGCUAUUUGGUCAGACAUCUACAACGCUGUCAUGUUGACCAACCCCUGCUUCGACGUGUACGCCGUUGCUACUACCUGCCCUCUACUCUGGGACGUACUCGGCUUCCCCGGGUCAUUCGACUACCUCCCUCCUGGUGAGGACAACGUCUACUUCAAUCGCACUGCCGUGCAGAAGGCCAUCAACGCACCCAUCCAGGAAUGGAACGAGUGCUCCAACGGCGUUCUUGACACCGACACGUCGCCCCAGUCCAGCUGGGAAGUCAUUCCCCGCAUCACCGAGAAGCUUGACCGCUUCGUCAUCGUCCACGGCGAGCUCGACUACAUCCUUCUGUACAACGGCACUCUCAUGACCAUCCAGAACAUGACCUGGGGCGGUCUGCAGGGCUUCCAGGAGGCUCCCAAGGACGAGUUCUUCGUGCCAUACCACGAGGACAUCAGCCUGACCAGCUUGAGUGCCAAGGGUGUCAUGGGUACGACUCAUACUGAGCGCAAGCUCACUUGGGUCAGCCAGGCUCUGUCUGGACACAUGGUGCCUCAGUACCAGCCCAGCAGUGCGUACAGGCAGGCUGAGUUCCUGCUUGGCCGUAUUCCCAGUCUGACAUCGACCGAGCCGUUCACCACGCUCAAGGGCAACUCGACUGCGAAGAGGGAUCUUGGGGUUAUGCGCGGCUACUAA